AUGGCUACCGACUGGCAACCCGAGUGCAUGGUAUCCCAAAACCAAGCAGCUCUGGAGAGCGUAGGGGCCCAUUCAGACCGAGCUCUUCAGAAUACGUCUGGGAACGUACAGGCUUACGCUGAUAGCCUCGCUCACAGUGAUCCUGCGGGACGUGAUGACCACCUCCAGCAGUUCACCCUCAAGUACCCUCACCCUCCUGUCCCAAGUCACCCACUGCCGACUGCUUCUACCAGCCUCUAUCACCCCCAGUAUCUAAGCCAGCGAUACCAGGCUAAGAAGCUGCGACGACUUCAAUCGAAUGGGUCUUCAUUCGCUGGUUCUCGCCGAGCUAGGAGUUACCUCAAAUCGCAGAAGUACCUGGAAUAUAGGGCUCGCCCGCGUCGAGACACUGGUAAAGAUGGAGAGCCAGUAUGGUCGGACGAACUUGAGGACGCCUUCCAGCAAGCACUUGAGGCAAACCCGCCUAUGGGUAGACGCAAGUGGUCCGAACGUGGAAAGUCCUACGGCCGGAACGAACUGAUUGCGGAAUACAUCUACAAGUUGACAGGCAAGCGCAGGACCAGGAAGCAGGUCUCUAGUCACUUGCAGGUUCUUGAUUCGUUCCUCAAGGGAGACCCUGACUGGGAAAGACUUGUGCGGGAACAACAAGCAGAUCGCUCAGCCACCCAGGCCCAACCAGCUGGACCGAGAUGGAGGGCAUCCAUUGACAGCCUACCUUCGAGCCACUACAGCAGUCACGUAACUUCCUCUUACUCUGAGCCCAUGAGAUAUCAGCCUCCAUACACAGCAGAUUUGCAGCUACCUCAGUAUCCUACAUCAAACCACCAAGAUACGAACCCCAAUGCUGUCCAUGGCCUCAGCUUUGACAUGUGGGUCAGCGCUCCAAACAAGCCUGAUCGGAUUGAUGAUGCCUUCCAUAUCUAUACCCGCCUCCAGGGUGACCAACGCCAAGCGCCCAUGCCCCUGGAAGAAUUUAAGAACUGGCGAUUGUCCUUUCCUCUCUUGAACACAUCAUUCUCUGACGUGAACGAUCCACUUAACUGCGAAAUAAUUCUUCUUGAAACCAACCUUGAGCUGAUGGAUGACUUCCCUCCCAUGGGUUCAAGGUUGGGAAUCCAACUGGAACUUGACAUCGCAAACCCUACAACUGGAACCGCACCUAUGACCAGCCAGAUGGAGAACUGGACUUGUAGGACUCACAUAUACGAAGACGGCAGACGAACAAUGGAGGCAUACCAUAAUAUCGCUAAGCCACAUGGUACGAAGGUCAAGCCACCCUUCGAGUCAUCAUGGUGGGCGAAAACCUUCACCUCGUUGACCCAAGAAAAGCGUGAAGUUGAGAAUACCGGACACCACCACACUGCUGAUGAGCGCACCCGGCGCUACUUCCAUACUCUGACUGCAGUCCAAGAGAUCCGGGCUACUGUGCCUCCUCACCUACGACGUCUGCAGAACUCUUAUCAAGGUUCAUCUGGCGAAGAAAGUAAGAGAAUGGCUAUCAUUCUCUGGAAGUUCCGCCAAACACGACCAAACGAAGUCGGCACUACGACAUGGCGAAGACUUCUCACUUCUCCUGACCGUGCCUUGACCAAUAGCCCGAGACCAACAACCGCUAUUGAUCUUCCUCCGCUAUCCUUAGAUUCGAUUUUGCUUAGGCCCACCCAGAGUGUUUACCAGACACCCCAGGCACCUCAGGCACCUCAGGUACCCCAGGCGCACGAUUUACUGCACCAUACCGGUCCAUCACACCAGCACUGGCCUCUGUACCAACCCUCCCACGACCACAUUACUGGCCUGUAUAACACCGCUGGAGCCUUUGAUUUCCUCAACAGUACUACAAAAGCUGAAGACGGGCUAUCGGAUAAAACCGCGUCUACCUCAGUGCUUGAUCCUUUUCCUAACCUGCAACAGCAGCAGCAAACCACCAGUCAACCCACCGGUGUCAACGGUUCCAGUGGCGGUCCAGUGAUGCUACAAGUCCCUGAUUUGCCCCUACCGCCAAACCUUGGGACCUAUGGGCUUGGCUACGAAAGCCACUAUGUGCCGUCGCAACACCAUGGAGGGAGCUUGCAGGGCCACAAUAGCAGCAAUGGACUGGGCAGCUUUUUCGUACCAAGCAGCCAGUCACUCGACGACAUUAGUCACAGCCAUGCACCAUGGUCAAACCCUAGUACUACUAUUCCUGGGGACACCAAUGGCGGCAAUUAUCACCAUCUCUCGUAUCCUUCAUCUGAUCAUUCGGUUGCUGUAUCUCGGGAGCCGCACCAACACCACAACAGUUUCGAGGGGUUAUUGCCCCCGGAUGAUCUCGUUGGUAUCGUUGGAGGGAUGACUGGCGAUCCUGGUAUGAAUGGGGCUGGCCCUGAGCAUACCACUUCGGCAUACACUGAACAUACUGCUGUCGAGGCAGCGUAA